CUCGCGGAGGCCCCCCGGAACGAAAACAACAAAUCCCAGAAUGCACCAUUAGCACAGCGUUGUGUAAGUUCCAGCAAAGACAGUCUUCUAGUAUAAACACUCACGUGCACAGGGCGGCCGAAAUGGAGUAAACACAACUUUUUUUGUGUGUUUAAUACAGAGAGUGUAUCAUAUGUGUUAAGGUAUUGGAGAAGUAACAGACGCGGCGAUUAUUUCUGAACCAUUGAAAGCUAACGUUGCAUCUGUUUAAUCAGGACCUCAGAAAGCAAGAAAGAUAUAAAAAGGGCCUAUCAAAUAUGUCCUCCCCCCAGUCAUAUUCAAGGCGGCAGUGGUGUUGUUACCUUUGCGAUUUGCCUAAGAUGCCUUGGGCUAUGAUCUGGGACUUUAGCGAGACUGUCUGCCGAGGCUGUGUGAAUUAUGAAGGUACGGACCGUAUUGAAUUUCUCAUAGAGACGGCAAGGCAGUUGAAAAUAACUCAUGUUAUGCAGGAUGACAGGUCCCCGUGUCCCCAACCCACUAAACAUGGCCCAGGUGGGAGAGAUGGACCUAUGGAGGGUGGCAGGCCACUUCCUGAACGCUUUGAAAGGGGAAGAGGGGACUACGGAGCCCCAGCACGGAUCCCCAACGGUCUGCACAGAAUAGAUGACGGGGGCCCACAACAAGAACUCAGUGGCCAGAGCCCUAACAACGCCAGAAGACCCAUGGGGGGUACUGUUCCGCCCAAUUUAAUGACACAAGGCCUUGUGGGGGCUCCACACGGGUUGCUAGCAGCUGUGCCUGGUUUAAAUGCCAGAGUUGGGGGAGCCCCCCUCACCCUCUCUGCCCCCAUGCUGAACGAGAUCACCAAGAGGCAGCUGAGCAUGGGCAUGGGUGUGGCCUCCUUCCUGAGCCCUGAGUUUGAGAAGGAGCUGAGGGAGAAGCAGAGGAAUGCAGAGGCUCUGGCCGAGCUGUCAGAGAGUGUACGGAACCGAGCAGACGACUGGGCCGGCCGACCCAAGGCUGUACGAGGGGCCCUGCUCACCCUCUCCGGCUGCACCCCCUUCAACGUGCGCUUCAAGAAGGACCACAGCCUGGUGGGACGGAUCUUUGCCUUCGACGCCAAGCUGGCGCUGGACUUUGAGCUGAAGAUCUUUGCGGAGUACCCGUGCGGCUCGGGGAACAUGUUCUCCAGUCUGGCGGUGCUGGUCAAGCAGAUGUUCCACGACAGCCAGAGAGACUCAGGGAGCAAGAUGGUCAACUCUGGCCUAAAGUAUGUGGAGUACGAGAAAAGGCAUGGCGCGGGGGACUGGCGACUGCUCUCUGAGCUGCUGAGUGACGCGGUAAGGGCCUUUAAGGACACCCCCGGCCCUGACGUUCUCCCCCAGCCCUACCUGGACGCCAGCUGCUCCAUGCUGCCCACAGCGCUGUGUCACAUGUCCCGCUCGGCACCGCCAGUCCGCGGGCGCCGGAGGAAGGCUUCCCCAGAGCCCCAGGGUGGAGAGGUAGUGACCACAGAGGAGCAGCUCCGGCAGCACUGGCCCAUGGGGAUGUACCCGGGAAUGGCUAUCCACCUAGCUGCCUCCUCCUUCCCCAGCGUUAGCCAGCCACCUCCCCACCAGGAGGGCUCGGCCUCCCAUUCCCACAGCAGCAACUCCUCCCCCAUCACAGCACUGAUGAGCGUGGCUGAGUCACCCAGAGAGGCCCCUAGCAGCAGCAGCAGUAGUGGUGGAGGCCUGGGCCACUCCUCCUUGGCAGUGAGGCAGAGCAGCAGCAGCCCCAUGGCGGCCUGCCCUGCGGGGCAGCAGCGGCGCCUGGCCUCCAGGAAUGGGGAACCUCAGGGAGCCAGCAACUCUGCAGGGGGAACCACAGCAGCUCUCCCCCUGGCUGGGGCCUCGGACCAGGGAGCAGGGGACCCCUCCGGCUCCUCUGGUCCCCCUCUCUGCUGCACCAUCUGCCACGAGCGCUUGGAAGACACUCACUUUGUCCAGUGCCCCUCGGUUGCGGCCCAUAAGUUCUGCUUCCCUUGCACCAGAGACUUCAUCCGGAGCCAGGGGCCCGGCAGCGAGGUGUUCUGCCCCAGUGGAGAGCGGUGUCCCCUGGUGGGCUCCAACGUGCCCUGGGCCUUCAUGCAGGGAGAGAUCGCUACCAUCCUGGCUGGAGAUGUCAAGGUGAAGAAGGAGCGCGACCCCUAAAUCCUCUGGGACAGCUGACUAAGGCUGUUGACGCCUGAGUGGAGCUGGAGCCUGCAGACAGAUAACGACAAUCUCAACAGGUUCUCCCCACCUCGCAGCCAAUCACCACAGCAAUCCGCCAGGUUCUCCCCACCUCGCAGCCAAUCACCACGGAAAUCCACCAGGUUCUCCCCAACUCACAGCCAAUCAUCAUACACAUCCACCUGCAUGGAGCAGGCCUUACACUACCACUUCACUGUCUGGUUGGUUAGGGGGUGACGAUACCCCCAGCCCCAGCUCACCUCUAAUACCUAAUUCACCCCUUUGUCCCUCAAAUAUCAACUUAUCUACAUUAGUAUUGGUCACUAGUAUUAGUCACUGAAGUUAUAAACCAGUGGACCAUGGUUGAGAAGUAUGAACUUCAUCUAGCCUCUGUUCUAGGUGAUUUUAGGGCUGUUGUUUUCUGUUUCAUUGAACAUCUUUCUAACAGAUUUCUGAGUGGCAACGUGAAAGAGGGACGACUUCACUACAUGUUACAGCAACAUACAGA